AUGGAUGAGAUUUUAGCCAAAGCUGGCAGCCAAGCCGUGACCUUCGCUAUCAGAUCGGGUAUAUCUAUUGCAUCGAGUUAUGCCAUCAAAACAGUUGCUACUUUCGUGCAAAAAAUUCCGGAAGAGGAUGCUUCUAGGCUCAAAAGACUACGGGAGAAGCUGGAAACCAGAAUAGAGAUUGUUUCAGCUGCCAUCGAUCUAAUAAGACUAGUGGCAGCAAAGGGUAACACGGGUCUCGGAAGCACGCUGAAACUCACACGAGACCUGAAGGAAGAGAUCGACCAAUUCGAUGCACGAAUAAGUGCCAUAACUGGCAAUUUUAACGUGAAGAAAAACGAGCGAGACUCAAUCAAGGCUGUGGAAAAGUAUAUUCUCGAUUUACUGGAAAGAAUCGAGGAGGUCAUACCGGUGAUCAAUCUUUCUUUAACAACCUCUGGCGCUAAGUUGAGCACUGCUUUACCACAACAGAUUUCUCCAGGACGUUUACUACAGGCAUCGAACUACGUCGCUAGGAGUAAUGAUCUUUUCGAAGCUGAUAAUAAAAAUGUUCAAUUAGGACCAACUUUUGAAUUGACCUUAUUUUCAGUGUUUCAAAAUCUUACCUCUGCUGAUUCGAAAGCUCGUGUUACAUGGAAGGAGGACAUGAGAAAAGCUCUUUUCAGCGUUUGGAGAAGGGAAAAUAAAGAUAGAGAAUACGACUAUUUCUUAAGAAUCAAAGAAAGUUUUGACGACGGCCUUUAUCACGACGACACAGAAGAAAAAGUGAAAGAACUGCAAUUUGAUAUAUGGCAAAUUGUAAGGUUAUUUUUCACAGCUUCCGGUAAGCUGCUGAAACUAGAGGAGCGUAACUCACCAGUGCUUGUCCUGAAAAUUGAUAAAAAUCUCAAAAGUCCAUUCGCCGAUGAUCAGGGUAUUUCCACCGAAGACAUCGAAUGGCUUGCAUUUGGUGAGUAUGAAGCCUCAAAUGAGUCCGAGGAAUCAGACUCCGAUGAUACAGACGAAGAUGACACAAGCAGCAUACAAAAAAAUGGAAAGACUGAAGUGAGCAGCUCUAUAGCUUUGCUCGAGUAUAUUUUGCGGCUCUCUUCCCUGCAGUGUAAUGACCAAAAAAGCAUUCUUGAAGUUCAUGACGAGCGUUUAUCCACAUAUUUGAACGAUGAAAAUCCUAACUCAAUAGAAACAAAGAAGUACAAUGUGGAUGAAAUGACAACAAAACUGGAAAAGGUGAAGCUUCAUGGUGCACAUCCUUAA